CUUUACGGUUGGCUUUUGACGUUUUUUUUUUCCUCUCUGCCGCAGCCAAUGAUAACUCACGCGGCGAGAGAACGGAUGCGUUUUCCUGUGCAACCUACCUUGGCAACCUCUGUCACACUGCUGACGGACGUCCCGCAAAGCCAAUCAGUAUCCCGAUCCGCUGAUAGAGGGUAGAAGUCGCCAAUUUGAGAGUGGAGCUGCGCCUCCAGCUUAUGCGUGGCAACCAAUGAAAAGCUGCGCCGCGCUGGGGACGCAGAAAGCACAGCGGCGGGCUUGUGCGGACUUUUUAAAAGGCUUACCAGUCUACAAUGAAAACAAUUUUAGCAGAUUUCAUGCAGACUCUGUGUGUAAAGCCUCAAACAGAAGGCCUUCAGUUUACCUCCCCACAAGAGAGUAUCCUUCUGACCAAAUCAUAGUUACGGAGAAAACAAAUAUACUGUUACGUUAUCUACACCAACAAUGGGACAAAAAGAAUGCUGCAAAGAAAAGAGACCAGGACCAGUUAGAAAUAGGCGAAACAUCUGCUCCUCCAAGAAAGAUUGCUCGGACAGACAGUCAAGAAAUGAAUGAAGACACAUAGUUCCCCAUCUUGAUCGCCCUUCCAGCUCGCUCCUGUCUCUCUCUCUCUCUCUCUCUCUCUCUCUCUCUCUCUGUGUCUUUUUUUUUUUUUUUUUUGCCUCUCUCGCAUAACAGGAUCACCUUGCGAUGUGGGUGGGGGUAUCACCGCCUUCCCUCCAACUACAUACUAUUUCUCUUCUGAUCUCAUAGGAGCCAAAUUUGUAUUUAUUUCUCCCAGAUUUUUAUUUAUGCUGCGCUGAAACUCAUUUGGAGAAUAAGUGGAGUUGAAACAUCUAGAACUCGUUGUGGGUGUUUUUUUUUUUUUUCUUUUCCUUUUACUGCUGCUCACCACAAUGUGCAUAGGUUUUUAACUUAAUUUGUCCGGUUGUGCCAGACUUUGCUUUUGACUUAUUGCUGUCAGAAUGUCUGUGACCCGGUGCAGCAAAAGUCUUGUUGGCUGUGAAUGGAUAAUAUUUCUUUUCUUUUUUUUUUUUUUAAGGGUGCAAGAAAUUAACUUUAAAUUUUUUUAUUUAUUUUUUUGCCAUUGAAAUCUGCUUCAGUUCAGAAGGUGAGAAAAUAAAAUAGUAGCUGAUUCCCAAGUCUACCACAGUGGAUUUUCAGUUUGAUCAAAUUAGUCUUUUGCAUGCAGUAUUGUCUUGUCCUUCACUCUCAAGCCUUCCUUUUUUUUUUUUUUUUUUUGUUCAGCUGACUUCUGUUUUUGAGCGAUUUCUUGCUAGCUCCACUACCCCCAUUAAACAUCUAAGAAGUGAUUGGUGUGCCAUAAUGAACUUCAAUAUUCUGCUCUAGAAAUACCUGCAUGACCAACAUACUUUGUGACGCAUUGGAUUUCUUUGCUCUACAGCCACAAAGAGCCCUUGUGUUUCUCCACUUAUUGCUAUCUGACAGACGCUAAACAUCAUCUCUAAAAUAGACUGUUAAACAGUCGUAACUCCUAUACACUGUGGACUAACUUGGAUGGCCGCCAGUACCGUUACCUGGGAUUUUAGCACUGUAUUGUUCACAUACAGGCAGGAAAAUCAAUUAAACCGAUAUUAACCAA